CGAGCAGCAGCGCGACCAGCGCGCCGAGCUGGUCCGGCUGGUGGGUGAGCAGGUGCAGGCGCUGAAGGUGGAGCUCAGUCAGCAGGAGAUGUCGGCCGACGACGUGGCCAGGAUCGCGCAGCAGCGGACCGACCUGCAGAAGCAGAUGGACGGCUGCCAGGAGGAGAUCGCGCAGACCACGGAGCGCAACGACGCGCUGGAGAUCGAGCUGAGCCGGUCGCAGGCGCAGCUGGAGGCGGCGGCGCGCCAGCUGAACGCCGAACUGAGCUCGCUGUCGGCCCGACUCCCGGCCGUCGACGGGCUGCAGCUGCGCCUGCGCGGGACGCCCGAGCAGCAGCUGCAGGAUCUGGCGGUGGCCGAGCGCGCCGCCGAGGCGGCCGAGCGCGCGGCCCGCCACGAGCAGGAGCGGCUCAUGACCACCGCCCUGCAGCAGGAGAAAGUGGCGCGCGACCUGCGCGGCGGUCUGGAGAAGGAGCGCCAGGAGCACUUCCACCUGGAGUCGCGCCUGCGCCGUCUGGAGGAGGAGGAGGCGGCCGAGCGGGCCCAGCUGGAGCAGCAGCACGCCCAGCUCGACACGGCCAUCGCCGAGAUGGAGGGUCGGCUGACGGAGGUGACCCAGGAGAUCCAGCAGCUGGACGUGGCCGGUCUGAGCGCCCGCUGCGAUGCGCUCUCCCGCCAGCUCAUCGAGGACACCAAGACCCGCGAGAAGGAGCUGGAGCGGAGGCGUCGGGAGGUGGCCGAGGGCGCGGCGCUGGCGCUCGAGUUCCGGCGUGCCGUCGAGGACGACCUGGAGGAGGUGACACGCAAGGUGCGGGCCAUGACCGAGCAGGCGGCCGAGACCAUGCGCUGCACGCUGCGACGCCACCUGCAGAUGGAGGAGGACCAGGAGAACAGGCCGCCGGCCGCCGUCGACACGGGCAAGGCAGACCCGGUCGACGACCGCGACAGCCCAGAGCGGCAGCCGGGGAGCCGGCGGCCGGCCGACGAAGUGCUACAGUCGUCCAGCGUCGAGAACCAGUGACGUGCCGUUGGCUUGGCUGCUGUCUGCGCUGUCUUGGCUGGGCGGACCCUUCACUGUCUGUCACGGUGGAGCACCGAUCUGUGUACUACUGUGCAGCGUCGUCUCUAGCACGGACAUGAUGAUGCGUGUAAUAUAAUGUUUGCCUUAUAUGCUUGCGUUUUGACUGCACGAAUGAUUGAUUCCUUUUAUUUUUGUCAUUGACGGAAUUCCUUGAAUAUACAUCUUGUGACUCGG